CUCCGGAGACUCUAAUGAUGCCGCUGUAAGUGCCUUCGUAUCCGUUCUUCGAACUGGUUGGACAACGCAUGCGAUGAACAUGGGCCAACGUUAUCUUCAACUCAACAGCACGUAUGCUGUGAACACAUGGGGAUCCAGACAACUUUGUGUCGACAUGAGAGCCGUCUCAAUCUGAUAUUGCCAGCUCUGGUCUUGAUGGGCAAUGUGCCAGAGCACCGACCGAACCACUGUGCUCUUUGGUACAGCAUUGUGCGAGAUGGUUCCAUUUCAUGCCUGGAAUCGAAGUAUAAGCUGUUCUGUACUUUGGCUCACGCGCGCGCAUGGUGAUAGAAAGUGUUAGCAGGUACCAAGAUGCAGAUAGCAUCUAGUCAGAAGAGUCACGAAGCUGGAUCUUAAAAGCGAUAUCAUGACAGAGCGCCGGUCUGAAAAUGGACCAGUCCACAGAUCCCCGGAAUGCCCGCCUUCGCUGAGAUCUGGAUAUAAAGGUCUCUCUUCAUGUUCAUGGCCUUAGAAUCUGCCAUCCACAGCUACCGUUCAAGCAAGAUGACCGAGACUUCAGACGAGUCGUUCACCACACCCCCGCCUCCGUAUUCCUGUUGUCCCGCUCAAGGAGAAAAAAUCAUAGACCACUCCCUUCGACUAGGCUCUCAGACUCCAAAUGGAACGUUUAUAAAGCAUCAAGGUAAUAUCACUGUCGUUUUGUCAGGGCAAGAGGAUGGCAGAUCGUCUCCUUUGUACCGUCGAGGGGAAACCAUUGAAGGUAGCAUGCUCCUAGAGAGACUUGAUGGCGUAUGCAAGGUGAAGAUAAAAAUUGAAGGGCGGCUGGAUCUUAUGGGAUCUUCAAGCGGUGCACGAUCACUCACUAUGAUCGACAAUAGUACAACGUUAUGGAAGCGCGAUCCAUCAGACGGCCCGAUUUGCCCAAGCUCCUUGGCCUUCUCCCUCAGCCUGCCGCGCUCAUUCAAGGAAAAAUCUCAGAUUCCGGGAUUGCUGGUUACUUCAGUAUAUACUCUCAUCAUCUCAGUUACUUCCAUCCGUCACACAAGGCUUCUCCUACCCGACAAAGUCGAAACCCUUCGGAUCCUCAUCACAUACUUCCCCAGAACGCGACCAGAGCGACCGACGCUAUCCAUUCCUCUUUUCUCUAGUAUCAAAUCUUCUCCCGAAGAAUGGACGCAAUCCUUCAUCACCGUAAGAACAAAAGGCACUGCAACAACCUCCCCGGUACAAUGCAAUCUAUUUGUACCAUCCGUCCAGACAUUCGCUAUCACUGAUACGAUUCCCUGCCACGUUCAGCUAAGCGGUUCGAUCACAUCCCUUGAGCAAAUUCUGGACGCUCGUCUUUGUCAUAUCAGUGAACAUAGUGUCAUCAACCUAUCUAUUCGUCGACAGAUCUCAGUUGAGCGUCAUGGAACGCGUUCAUACCAAACGAUGAUAAUAGGGGAAGGAGAUAUACGCUCUGUACCUCAGUAUACGAGGGACCUCUAUCGUCCCUUUAGCGAUGCUGUUAGCCGAGAAGAACAUUUAGACUGGGAGGGUGAGCUGAAAUGCACAUCCAGAGUAACAGUGGGCGGUUUCAGUGCCGCGGGUGCCUCGGUAAAGGAUUUUAUUGUGGUUAUAGUAAAACCUCCAUCGGCAUCGCCGUUCCUUUCAUCAGAAUGUUAUGUUCCAAUUCUCCUUGUCACAGAUACCUGGGAAAACGUUCCUAACGGCGCUUGAAAGUUCACUUCGUGUGCACCCGCCUGGCGGGGGGGGGGGGGAUGCUAUGGACCUUGGGUUCUAUU